AUGUACAAGCAGAUUCUCGCAGAGUUUCCGGAGGACGCAGGGACCCUCUGCAACUAUGGAUGCUUCCUGGAAGACGUUAGGAAGGACUACGACGGCGCGGAGGUGCUGUUCAAGCGCGCUCUCAUGCAAGACCCUCAGCAUGUGGGGGCACUUUGCAACUACGGGACUCUGCUGCAGGCGAGGAGACGGAGGAAAAAGUUUGUGUGCUCUUGUCUGACUGAGUCGGGCCAGGAGGUCAAGGGAGAUUACGGCAUGGCGGAGAGUUACUACAAACGAGCGCUACAGAUUGAUCCUCAUCACAUCACAACCAUCUACAACUAUGCCGGGUUGCUCAAGACUGACUGGGAUGGGGCCGAGAAACUUUACAAGCACGCGCUCGAGCUCGACCCGACGGACGUCGGAGCUCUGUGCAACUACGGGCAAUCGAUCUCAUCGAUGAUGUUGAACUUGCAGAAGGAGUAUGAUCUUGCUGAGAAGAUCUACAAACAGGCCCUGGAGUGCGACCCGACCGAUGCCGCCACUCUUUGCAACUAUGGACUUCUGCUCAAGGAGCCAACGGAUGCAACAUCGCUCUGCAACUAUGGACUCUUCCUUCAAAACGUCCGGCAGGAUCACACGAAGGCGGAGCAGAUGUACAAGAGAGCUCUCAGCAACGAUCACGGUCACAUCAGCACUCUAUGCAACUACGCGACUCUGCUCGCAAGCGUCAAGAAGGAGUUUGACAAGGCGAUCGCACUGCUCUCUCAAGCUCCUUUCCAUCCUGCUGUCGUGCAGUGCCUUGACUGGGUGAGACAACUGUUCGCCGCUGAGAAGGAAAACAAGAAGAACAGAAAGAGGUUCCCCAACGAGCUGAAGGUGGUGUGUAGCAUAUGUCAAAAGCUGUUCAUUGACAAGAAUACUCUCUCCCGUCACCUUUCAAGGAUGCAUGAAAUGAUGACGAUGACAAUGACAAUGAUGAUCACGAUGAUGAUGAUGACGAUGAUGAUGGAAAUGAUGAUGGAAAUGAUGAUGACGAUGAUGAUGACGAUGGUGAUGAUGAUGGAAUUUAUGAUGGAAGAUUACGAUGACGAUAAUGAUGAUGAUGAUGAAGAUGAUGAUGAUAAUGAUGAUGAUGAUGAUGAUGAUGAAGAUGAUGAUGAUAAUGAUGAUGACGAUGAUGAUGAUGGAAAUGAUGAUGUCUGUGGUCUACGCGAUGCUCAUGUUGUUUCAGGCAUCCACGAGGAGCCUGCUGUGCAGCACCAAAACCAGGAAGAGUCGUUUCAAGGAGAUGGGCGUGUACAGCAGCUGUGGCAGGACGAAGUUUCUCCGCCCAUUCACGCCGACAACUACCUCUCUGAUCAAGACGUACAAGCACCUGAAGGGAACCAUGAUUUCAACUUCUAA